GGCAUCGCACCACAUUAACAAAGAAAGAGCUUUAACCUAUCUCAGCAUCUCCAUGCAAACAAACAACGACCGUAAAUAAGAAAAAAAAAAAAUACUGACCACCCGCUAUUUAUAAAUAAGUACAGUUUCAGCUCUUCAAUUCUUCAUUUUUUCAUGCAAGGUACAUCCGAUUCCUUUUCGGGUUUCCGCAUUGUUUGACUACAUUGAAUCCACACUCUCUCCUCCACCACUCACCGCCGCCGCCGCCGCAACAUUGAAAAUGUUGCCGUUUGAGACCAUCGAGGAGGCUACUAUAUUCCUCGGACGGAACCUGACGGUGGCCGAGACGCUGUGGUUCAAUUAUUCGGCUAAAAAAUCGGAUUACUGCCUUUACUGCCACAAUAUUUUGUUUUUAUUUCUGAUAUUUUCUGUGGUGCCUGUGCCGCUUGUUUUUGUUGAGAUGAUGAGAUCUUUGGGGUUCGAUAAGUACAAGAUUCAGCCCAAAGUGAGCCUGUCGUUGUCUGACAUGUUCAGGUGUUAUAAGGAUGUAAUGCGGAUGUUUGUUCUUGUUGUGGGUCCUUUGCAGUUAGUGUCUUAUCCUUCAAUUAAGAUGAUUGGGAUUCGAACGGGGCUGCCAUUGCCAUCAGCGUGGGAGAUUCUGGCACAGUUGGGGGUAUAUUUCAUGAUAGAAGAUUAUACCAAUUACUGGAUUCACAGAUUCCUGCAUGGUAAAUGGGGCUAUGAGAAAAUUCACCGGGUUCACCAUGAAUUCACUGCUCCGAUUGGGUUUGCUGCACCAUAUGCGCACUGGGCGGAAGUUUUGAUCCUCGGCAUUCCAUCUUUUCUCGGGCCAGCAAUUGUUCCAGGGCAUCUGAUCACAUUUUGGUUGUGGAUAGCUUUACGGCAAAUUGAAGCAAUAGAGACACACAGUGGGUAUGACUUCCCCUGGACUCCCACAAGAUAUAUCCCAUUUUAUGGUGGUGCAGAUUACCAUGAUUACCAUCAUUAUGUUGGUGGACAAAGCCAGAGCAACUUUGCUUCGGUGUUUACUUAUUGUGAUUAUAUCUAUGGCACUGACAAGGGCUAUCGCUACCAUAAGAAGGUCCUAAGGAAGUUGAAAGAGGAAUCUAGAACCAAUGGUGCUCAGAAUGGAGGCUCAUACUACGUUCCAACGCAAGAUCUUAAAUCUGAAUAGCCGCGUCAGUGGAGCCAUUCUCUUGAGCGCACCUCUCACUCGUGACAAACUCUUGGGAAUCUGAUUUCUAGUUGACAUCAUUGUUAGUGGUGAUAAAAAUAGAUGUCUUAAGUGUUUCAGAUGAAGAUUAACUUGGCCUUUUCCAGAUGUGAUUUUGUGUUAGAAUGAGGAGAUGUCAGUUAUGGUUGUUUAGGUUAAAUGUCUGUCCUCUGUUUACAUCUUUUGUUUAAACUGAGAAGCUAUAAAUCAGAGUCAUGGUGUGAAUUUUCAGUUGUGUCCCACUAUUAGUUAAAUGGUGAAAGUAUAGAAUCUGUAUGUUUUGAUCUCUGGUAUCUUAUGGCACUUGCUAUUUUCUAGAGA